CACCACUGGGGGCAGCUUUACAUAAGACUGCAUUCACUGAAACCAAAGCAACAGUCGGAGCAGCUUUCAGAAUGACAGUCUGCAGAAGUGAGCUGAGCGUGUGCGCGGUCCGGGGCUCUCCUGCCUUCUGGGCUCCAACGCAGCUCUGUGGCUGAACUGGGUGCUCACCACCAGAAAUGCUGGGCUAUGGAAUACAGAUGUGGCAGCUCAGGUAGCCCCGCAUUGCCCGGAGGAAUACAUCAUGCUUUCCGAUAAGAAGAAACUGUAGAAGCCAGUUUUUUUUUUUUUAAUCCCCCUCACCCUACCCGCAAAAAAAAAAAAAAAAAAAAAACUGUAAAGAUGCAAAAGCGUAAUAUCCAUGAAGAUCCUAUUACCUAGGAAGAUUUUGAUGUUUUGCUGCGAAUGCGGUGUUGGAAUUUAUUUGUUCUUGGAGUGUUCUGCGUGGCUGGCAAAGAAUAAUGUUCCAAAAUCGGUCCAUCUCCCAAGGGGUCCAAUCUUUCUUCCUGGGUGUCAGCGAGCCCUGACUCACUACAGUGCAGCUGACAGGGGCUGUCAUGCAAGUGGCCCCUAAGCCGAAGCGAAAGACCUAAGGACGACCUUUGAACAAUACAAAGGAUGGGUUUCAAUGUAAUUAGGCUACUGAGCGGAUCAGCUGUAGCACUGGUUAUAGCCCCCACUGUCUUACUGACAAUGCUUUCUUCUGCCGAACGAGGAUGCCCUAAGGGCUGUAGGUGUGAAGGCAAAAUGGUAUAUUGUGAAUCUCAGAAAUUACAGGAGAUACCCUCAAGUAUAUCUGCUGGUUGCUUAGGUCUGUCCCUUCGCUACAACAGCCUUCAAAAACUUAAGUAUAAUCAAUUUAAAGGGCUCAACCAGCUCACCUGGCUGUACCUUGACCAUAACCAUAUCAGCAAUAUUGAUGAGAAUGCUUUUAAUGGAAUACGCAGACUCAAAGAACUGAUUCUGAGUUCCAACAGAAUCUCCUAUUUCCUCAACAAUACCUUCAGACCUGUGACAAAUUUACGGAACUUGGAUCUGUCCUAUAAUCAGCUGCAUGCUCUGGGAUCUGAACAGUUUCGGGGCUUACGGAAGCUGCUGAGUUUACAUUUAAGGUCUAACUCCCUGAGAACCAUCCCUGUGCGAAUAUUCCAAGACUGCCGCAACCUGGAACUUCUGGACCUGGGAUAUAACCGGAUCCGAAGUUUGGCCAGGAAUGUCUUUGCUGGCAUGAUCAGACUCAAAGAACUUCACCUGGAGCACAAUCAAUUUUCUAAGCUCAACCUGGCCCUCUUUCCAAGGUUGGUGAGCCUUCAGAACCUUUACUUGCAGUGGAAUAAAAUCAGUGUCAUAGGACAGAGUAUGUCCUGGACCUGGAGCUCAUUACAGAGACUUGAUUUAUCUGGCAAUGAGAUCGAAGCUUUCAGUGGACCUAGUGUUUUCCAGUGCGUCCCGAAUCUGCAGCGCCUCAACCUGGAUUCCAACAAGCUCACAUUUAUUGGUCAAGAGAUUUUGGAUUCUUGGAUAUCCCUCAAUGACAUCAGUCUUGCCGGGAAUAUAUGGGAAUGCAGCAGAAAUAUUUGUUCCCUGGUAAACUGGCUGAAAAGUUUUAAAGGUCUGAGGGAGAAUACAAUUAUCUGUGCCAGUCCCAAAGAACUGCAAGGAGUAAAUGUGAUCGAUGCAGUGAAGAACUACAGCAUCUGUGGCAAAAGUACCACGGAGAGGUUUGACCUGGCCAGAGCUCUCCCAAAGCCGACAUUCAAGCCCAAGCUCCCCAGGCCGAAGCACGAGAGCAAACCCCCUGUGCCCCCCACCGUGGGAGCCACGGAGCCCGGCCCAGAGACUGAUGCUGACACCGAGCACAUCUCUUUCCAUAAAAUCAUUGCAGGGAGUGUGGCCCUCUUCCUGUCUGUGCUCGUCAUUCUGCUCGUUAUCUACGUGUCCUGGAAGCGGUACCCUGCCAGCAUGAAGCAGCUGCAGCAGCGAUCUCUCAUGCGGAGGCACAGGAAAAAGAAAAGACAGUCCCUAAAGCAAAUGACUCCUAGCACCCAGGAAUUUUAUGUAGAUUACAAACCCACCAACACGGAGACCAGCGAGAUGCUGCUGAAUGGGACGGGACCCUGCACCUAUAGCAAAUCGGGCUCCAGGGAGUGUGAGAUACCUUUAUCAAUGAAUGUGUCAACCUUUCUGGCAUACGACCAGCCCACAAUAAGUUACUGUGGGGUGCACCAUGAACUUCUCUCUCAUAAGUCCUUUGAAACGAAUGCACAGGAAGAUACGAUGGAAACACACCUAGAGACUGAGCUGGACCUGAGCACAAUCACAACAGCUGGCCAAAUCAGUGACCAUAAACAGCAGCUGGCUUGACUGAGCUGCUCAGUAGCCAAGGGUUGCCACCAAACUUUGUAACCUCAAGGAUAAAAUGAGGAAGAUUUGUUGAUUGUGGACUCUAAAAACAAACACAAACAAAUGGAACAAAACAAAAUCCCCUGUUACCACAAAAAUCCAAGAUUGAUUCAUGAAAUAAAGAAGACAUGAAUUGUUUCAAGUCUACACUUUGUAAUUAGCUAAGUUGUGCAGUAUUUUUUUGACUUAAAAAAGUUUGACCCUGAAAAAAGAAAAUUUUUUUUGCAAAACUCAUCCUACCUGUAAAAACUGUACAAAGCUAAUGUAUUUUUCAUAUUGUAAAGUUUCAAUGAUAGAACAACUGGUAUGUACAGUACCAUAAUUUAAUUACAUUUUACUUUACCAACUUUACACAUUUCAGUUUCUAAAAUUUUAAAUUAACAAAAAUUAUUUCUUGUGUCAUUCAGAGUUACUCAGUUUUUGUAGGGACUGUUUUGUUACUGCUUUGUGCCCAGAAACCUUUACUCUAAAAUUCAGUGCUGUACGAAAUGUGCACGAUUUUUAUCAUGCUUACUGCGUAGAAUUUUAUCUACUUGUUCCAGAAAUAAUACAUUAACCAAAAAGGGUUUAAUUGUUGAGACUUGUAAGAAAUUCUUCAAUUACAUAGACAGGUUUUUCUUAUAAAUGAAACAAAAUUCAAAGAUUUUUUUAACACUUCUGAGAAAUUAACUGUUGCCUUGAAUUACAGCCUAGUUUCUAAGCAGUGAAAUGUAAUGAUAAAGAGGGAUAUUUUAACAACAUAUUUCUGAAUGAAUGAGUCAUUAUUUCAUUCUUUUGAGUAAAGCAUCUUUAAGUGUGGGGGAAGCAUGGACAAAACAUCACUGGAAACAAAGGCCGUAACCACAGCAACAGACUUUGAUACCCUUUAAAGGUACAGCUGCCAGUGACAAAAGGAAAACUUGUUACAUCUCAUUAUUUUAGGGCCAAGGUGGGAGGAUAGAGCCUAAUAAUUGUACAGUAGCGAUUUUUCUCUUAAUUAACCUGAAGUGGUUUACCUAAAAAAAAAUCAGUCAGUGCAAAAUGUGCCUGAUUUUAAGACAACUUUUCAUUUAGAUCUGUGAGGCUGUAUUUGGGGAAUAUCUCAAAGGAAAUAUUUUCUGCAUUGCAUUGUGCACUGUGUCAAUUCUCUCCUGGAGGAGAAAUCUAAAUAUCUACAGCUCAUUCAAUAUAGAAAUGAGCCACAGUGAAGAACCUUAUCACUCAACUAUACUGUAAACAUCCUUAAUUUGUCCUAAAUUGUUAAUAUUGCUAUCCAUAAUGAUAUCCACCUCCACAAUAUUUGAAAAAUUACCCAGAGUAAUUUGAAACCACUCCAGAUCACAUAUUGGUUACAUAAUUGUAUUAUAAGUUGAUUUAAAUCAAAUUAUGAAACUUGAUUUUUCAGAAACUGAAAUAAUCUACUUGCUUCUGUUGUUCGCUUGACACAGGCUAUUGUUUGAAAAUACUGUUAUUUUAUUUGAUAUUCACACAUUCUUCUGUGUUUAAUAUAAAACUACAAGUUUCAAUUGCUGUUGCAAUAAGGGAAGUGCUUUUUUAUGUUGCCAUUUUAUAUUCAUGACAUCAAAAAUAGGUUGAGAAUAUGUCAGUCUAACGGGUCAAACAAUCAAAAACAAGAAAAGAAUUUGUGAAAAAUAAUGUCAAACUUACUUUAUUUCUUCCAAAGAAAUUAUAUUUAUAAAAGUCCAGUUUUAUGCAGGUUUAUCAUGGCAAAUUUAAGAGCAGCUUCCAGAAGAAUGAACUUUAAAAAUGUACAGCAAAUUUUUGUUGAAAAUAUACAAAAUCAUAAAGAAAAACCAAAAUGUUGGAAGAAGCAAACUCUUACCAAUUUAAAUGAAACUAAAUGCCACAGUACUUGUAUCAACUAUUUAGCAUCCCAGAUUUUGUAACAUGUUUUGCAUAAAUUAUUUGCUAUUCAAAAACUUUUGUCACUUUAAUUCUAAUUUUAAUCUUUAUUUCUCCAGUUUCUAAUUUCCUUGCAAUGUAUUGCUGUCAGAGUAUUCUUAAUCCUCUGCACUGAAGUUUUGCCUUGCUCAUUUAGCAAAUCUACAGAGGGUUAAUUAUAAAUCUAUUUGUGGGUCUGAAAUCGGAUGCAAAAUGUUAUUUAUUAUGUAUACCAAAAUAUCAUUUGCAAUUUUUCCUCAUUAGAAGUUGUCCUUGCAAAGAUUCAAACAUCAUUUAAUUUGCAAAAAUAAGCACUCUAUGCCUAUUUCCAGACCUCUUCGAAUUGAUAAAUGAUUUUUAGAAAUUUUAAGGUUCCAGGGAGCCUCGCAAACAUAUGCCCUUCAUUUCCUGAAGCAAACCACUUUUUCUUAAACACUUUAAGUUCAUCUAACAACUAUAAAUAGAAGCCGUCACCUUGAAACCAUAGCUCUGUGCAUCAGAGGAUUUACUACUACCGUAAGAGCCAAAUAAAACUAAGAAUUUUGAGAUUUCUUAUAUUUGAAAUUAAACCCAAAGUAUCUUUAACAACAAAAGAAGGAGAUGCUGGGUUAUUUGCUUGCUUACUUUCAAUUUGCCACAUCCAGGGGUAGAGGCAGAGAAAACCUGCUAGGGGAGACGGUGUCUGGAAUCUAUCAUACACUGGCAACUUACAAAUUUGUGUCUAAAAUCCUUAUUUCUAACCUGUCUUUUUUAGCGUUGGGUAAACUCCAAUUUUCUCUCUCUAACCACCCUGCUCCCAUGUCUCCCUUCCUGUCCACUGCUCACUUAUUUAAACAACUGAAAUGUUUAUGUGUUUAGAGUUGAAAACGCAUAGUUUGACCCAGCAUGGUUACAAUAACAGGAGUACCUGCAGUAAACAAUAGUGUUAUGCAGCAUUCUGAGGUUUCAAAACCACAUUUCACAUAAAUUACCUCAUAACCACCCUAUGAAGACAUCUUAACCUCGAAGUUGGGACCCCCACCACCACCCAGGAACACAGGACUAAUAUUGAUGGAGUUGAACCAUUCUCAAAAUUCAGUCUACUAGUUUUCCCACUAUACUCAAGUCUUCUCUCUCUGAUCAGAGCCAGAAAAUUGCCAGAGAUAGUAAACAAAUUUAAAAAAACAUAUAAUUGGACAUGUUGUUUAGUAAUCCAUAAUUUAACUCAGUUUCUCUAUCUGUGUAAUAUAUGGGCUAAAUGAACUUUUUCUAUGUGCUACUCUGGGCUCUCACGUUAAAAUUCUUUGCUCAAAAAGUAUAGCAACUCAUAGAUUUCUUAACAUAUCAUUUGUAAAUGAUAUGAUGAACUGAUUACAAGAACUGGAUAUAUAUAAGCCCCAAGGUAUGGACAUAAAAUCAAGAAGCACAAGGAAAGAAACUGAAGACCAUCUAAACUGAGAUUGUGUAGUUAUAAAACAGAUUCAUAGUGUGAGGUUAAACACACGUUCAACACAUGUUCAAUUCAGAGGUAAUUGGGAAGAGCUUCACAAUUUUUCUUCUUUUACUUUCUUUUGUUUCAGCAAGAGUAUUUCUUGAACCAUGAAUUCUUAUACCUGUCUCAAUAAAGAAUAAUUUUCUCUAUUCUCUUUCUAAUAAGAAUGAAAUGCAAUUUAUCCAAACUGAUGUAUAGAUAUGCUAAAACAUAAACUAACAGGUACAUAAUAUUUUGCUGAUCAGCUCACUUUAAUCAAGUCUCUUCCAUAUUCCCUCCUGGAUGUUCUAGAAAACCAAGCACCAUACAGAUUUUAAUGUAAAUUAUAUUUUUAGUAGGAAAGAAAACUUGCCCAAAUCUAACAUUUGAGACAAAUUCCAUAAUCCUGAUUUGAUUAUCAGUUCAGUCUGACUCCAGAAAGUGCUUAAAAAUAGAAAAAUCUUUUUGCAAAAUAUUUUCUAAAUUAAAACCACUGACUGUGGGAAUAAAGGUAUAUAUUUGGUUUUGUCUGCUCCUGGCUGGAAGAGAGAGAUCACCUCUCAAACUACACAUUCAAAAAAAGUAAAGAAACUGAAAGCAUGGAAAUGGGUAUCUGAUGUGACCUCUUAAUAAAUUAAAAGAUAGAAAAUCAGAUGUGCUGGGGAAAUGGCAGCACAUGAAGGGAGAGUAAAUGUGACUGACAGAUAUUGGCCUCAGGAAAGAGGGUGGGAAAUCUCUGGAGUAGGUACAGUAACAUUUCACGUCAACAUAGCUCUUAACAGUUUCACAUUGGGUAAUAGUAUAACCACCUCAUAACAGAGAAAGUCCCAAGGUCCAGGAAGGUUGGUUAAGCAGUAAGAAUACAGAUGAGUCAGUCUGCAGUAAGAACUUCCAACUACUUCUAUGACCUGCUCAACUCACAGCAGCUGUCCCUAAGUAGAGAGGCACCCAAGGGCACUGCCUUCAAAACGCUGACGUACCCACAGGGAUAGAGUAGAUUCACAAUCAGCAAUUGUGCUUCAUUUUACUAUCAACAGUAAUGGGGAAGUAAUAGUCAAAAACUUAAAAAAAAAUUACCAGAGUGGUAAUGGGUUAUUUUUUAAAUGUCUCUCGUGUGCAUUAAGAUUUCAUUGUGAGAUUGGAAGCUGCUUAUAUUUAACAUUUUUUAAAAUUUAAGGUGAAAUUCACCUUUUCAAAAGUCAGUAGUUGAUUAUUUACCUUUUUAAGAACAAUGAUCCUAAAGCAACAGAGUGCCUCAGCCAUUUAGGUCUUACACAACUCUCGAGUCUCUUCCUCCUCCCUCCCAAGCAUUUAUAUAGAUUUUGUUUUACAUACAUGUCUUCCUGAGAAGCUAAGUGAUAUUUGUUUUGUGUAAGUCAAAUAAUAUUUCAAAUGCAUCAGGAGACCUUUUGAUAAAGGAUCCUUGAAGUAAAUCCCUUUUGUUUUCUAAUCUUAAACAUCAACCACUAACUUAUCUUUUGCAAAUUGAUUUCCAUGUAUCUUAUGUUACAGGAUGCAGCACACUGUACCGUAAGACCUUGAAGUUUCUAUGAUGCAGUUUGCCUCAUACUACAUAAAAUGAAGGACUGACUCUAGAUUUUGAGCAGUGGUAUGGACACUAUAGAGUGAUCAUUUUCAGUCAAUUUCAUUCAUUCAUCAGGACUAAAGCAAAAAAUAGUAUUAUAACAUGGAUGGAUAAAGUUGGCAGUAAUUUUUUUCUUUUAUUGGUUUAAAGUUUUGACACCUAUCAUAUUCUUCAUAAUAAAUCAAAUGACCACAAAUCCUCUGCAAGAUUUGCUGAAUCAGAUUCCCUGGAACUAGUCUCUGAUGCAUGUUAAAUUCUGCAAAAUACUGUUCAAAUGAAUUUACAUUUACCAAGUCAUUCAAUUUCCUUUUAUUCUAGACUAAAUUUAUUAAUUCUUGUGCUUUCCUAUGCCAUUGUGAAUCUAGUUUGCUAAGCCUGGCUGAACAUUUUUCUUGACUGGAGUAAUGCAUAACAAAAGACAACUACAUAUAACAUAGUCAGGCUGUUUGCUGACAAGAGUGUGUUGUUUAUAGAUUUUGCUCCCCAUUAGCUCUUUCAACAGGACUAACUGAAAAUAGUCUUAAAUCAGCUAGGUUAUUCACUUAACUAAAUUAUUUGCCCUGUGUAUAGUAAUGUAACAGCUGAAAUGCUGAAGGUAGGGAGAGAGGAUAAAAUUCAUUUAUGAUUUAUCAGGUACUGUGCUGUCCUCAUCUCAUGCUCGAACUAUCUAGAAAAUAGGUAUAACCACCAUUUUCAAAAAGAGAAAAAUAAGGGUCAUGGCAGCUAAAUAAUUAGAGUUGGGAAUUCAAAUUUGCUUCAUGAGACUAAGAAUGUAUACACGUAUAAGAAUGUAUAGCAAUCAGCAAUUGUGCUUCAUGUUACUAUGCUACCACCCACUAGCAUCUUUUAAAAAGGGAGAAAAGUCUAUAAUCAAUAUAAUUAGGCUCAUAUAUUUUAACUGCAGAUAUGAAGACAGCAGAGAAAGAAUUUACUUUCUUAUUCCUAAACAGGAAAAUUGCAUAAACUAUUUCAAUGUAUAAAGAUUUCUUCAAUAUCCCAUAUUAACAUCUUAAUGGAAAGAAAUGUCCAUUACUUUCUUAAAAUGUUGUAUUUUUAUUUCCAAUUUUCCUAGAUAUAUUAUGAGAUUAUAACAAAAAUAUGAUAUCCACAAUAUAAUCUUCAACUGUCAGAAAGUGAAGGGAAGGUUGUCAAAUGAAGCAAAACAAUAGAUGAACACUCAAUAAAAUAACCACAUGAAGUAAAACACCAGUAAUCUACAGUGGCAGCAUGCUAACUUGAAAUAACAUGGCUUGAGUUGCACAAUCUUUCCUGCCAAUAAUUUACAGGGGAAUAUUUUUUCCCAGGAGCAUUAUUACUUACAAAAAUGGUAUGGGAUCUGGGAGCACACUACAUAAAUAAGGCAGGAAAAUAACCUUUAUAACAAUUAUUAAUAACAAUUAUAGAAUAUAAUUGCCGUACCCUAUAACUUAUCCUAUUACUUUAUCCAUUAUUCAGAAUAUAUGAUUUGAAUAAAAAAUAUGAUUUUCUUUGUGAGACAAUGAAAAUGUUUUCUUCAUUAUGUGCAGGUGCCAAAUAAAAUUUUUAAAGUUUGUUUUUAAACUCAAACUUCAAAUAUAUCUUCCUCAAUCUCAAGUAUUAACAAUUGAUUCUUAAAUAGUCUCAUGAUUCCACUAGCAUCUCUAGGAUCUUUUCAAGAUAACAGUCUCUUCUACCUCUCCUUGAAUUUGCACAAGCCCAGGAUAAUUGGGAAAUUAUGUUAGCACUUCAUUCCGUAGCACUAUCUGAAAAUGGAGCAUCCGUGUAAAAAACACUUUUCUUUUAUAAUCCAUGUGGGAUUCAAAAGCCAUUAAUACUUCAGAAGUCACAUUUCUAAUAAAACUACCACUACUAUGAUAAAAUUGUAAGUUUAAAAUAAUUAAUAAAUACAGCAAAUAAAGCUCUAGCAUCCUAAAUAUAAUAUCAUUCAUCUGGUGCCACAUCAAUAUAUAGAAAUUUUAUCUCAAUUAUCUAGAGUAAUUCUGAUUUUGGACAACAAAGAUGUUCCUGAUAUCUGGGUUGAAGAUGCGGUGAAAGAUAAUGAAGAGGACAAAAAAUUACAUAUACCAAGAGGUAAGUGGAGGAAAUGUGAUUUAUUGUCAUUAGAUAAUCUACAAGUAACUUUUGUAACCAAGACUUAGAUUUAAAAUUUACAAUAACAUUUAUGCCAUCAGAUAUCACCAGUAAAGGUCAAAAUGUACAUUACAGACAUAAAAGCAAACAGGUAUUUGUGAUGGCAAUACAAAUUAAAUAAUAGAUGGGUAGAAUUAACUGUAUGAGGAGAGACUAUUAAGAAUAAAGAUUAGCUCAAAAACUAUCAUUAUUACUUCUCCAGAGAUAACUUGUCAGAACAAAAGAUUCAAACUAAACAUCAAACGCUCUUUCAAAAUCAAUUUCCAAAUAGCCUAAACUAUAAGCCCCAAAUUGCUGCUUCAACUAUGUAAUUACGUUAAUUCCAUAUACCUAGUCAAACUCUGAUGUUGAGAAAUGAAUUGUAUUUCAAAUAUACUCCAUCUGUUCUUACUGUUUUAUAUCAAUGGUAUGUUCGCUUUCAAUUACAGAUCCAUAAAACAUAAUGCCCUAAACAGUCUGAUGAAAACAUGGUGAGACUGGAUCAGCCCUGUCGUUCUAUUCUGUUACAAGACAAUCACUACAAGUAGCGUGUCUAUGUCUACCACAGCAGAGAGUUAGAAAUAUGAUAUCUAAAGUCUCCUCUAGCAGUCUUAACUAGACACUUGUAAUAUUCAUUAUCUAUGGUUCUUAUUUUUUACUUAUUUAUUUAUAUUUAUACUAUUGCCUUGAGAUAAAAGCCUAGAUGCCCAUCCCAAUUCUAGUCUGACUACCCUUUCAAAAUAUAGAGGUCUAGGGAAUGACACUGAACAUCUCUGAACUCUAUGCUAUCUGGAGAAAAACUUGAGACGUUGGUGAUGCCAACAUUUUUUCGCCUUUGAAUUUGAUGGAAUAUUAAGUUCAGUAUAUUGGACAUCCUUCAAAAUUCCUUACCAGUUUCCUCUUCAACAAACUUCAAAUUUGAGUUUCCUGAACCAACGCUGGAUUUUGGACAUGGCUAUGUCACAAUGAACCUUUGUCAUGCUUCAUCAUUUUUUGUAAGAACAUAAACUGGUACAGGAGCCUUACUGACGUCUUCCUUGCCUUUGGUUCUAGUUAUGGGAUUAAAACACAUAAACUCAGUAUGACACCUCACGAUAUGACCAUAAAAGGAUUGGAAGAUGAGUCUUCUGACAGAUAAACAUCUGAUGCGAUAUAAAAAAACAACUGUAGUUUGGGGUCACUUCUUUUUAACUUUAUCUGAUAUGGUUUUCAGAUAAUUUAGACACACACCUUUCUGCUACUGAGAGUAUAAAUAUUAUUCUGUUAUGAUGAUGCAUUUUUGUCAUCAUGUACUUUUGCUUUCUGAGUACAGACCUCAGAAAAUGUAUUGUGCUCUGUAACUGUCACCAGAAAGAACACCUAUUUAUUUCCAGGAUGACUUAAUACUAAGCACUUUAAAACAAAGUGAUAAUAAUUAACACUUAAUGUUUUUCACAUGUAUUUUACAUGUAUUAGCUCAUUUAAUGCUCAUUAAUAUGGUUAAUAGGAUUAAUAAUAAUCCUAUGAAGUUGGUACUAUUGUUAUCCCUUAAGAAGAUAAGGAAAAUGAUGUUCAAAGUGAUUAAGUGAUUAUAUAAUAUACAGCUACUUAACUGUGGAGUAAGAACCCAAAUCCAGAUUAUAGACAUACUGACAAAGUGACCCCUACUAUCUGCUAUUUAAGGUCCACUUCAUAAGCCCAAUUGUUAAAUUUAAAAGUCUGUUCACUUAAGGCUAUAACUGAAGGCAGUUUACCAAUAUAAUGGAUAUGUUUAUUACAUAUCUAAUAUAUGUCUAGUUGAAAGUAAAAAUAUUUGAGAUAUGUAAGAAUAUAUGAUACAGUUCCCUGUUCUCAAGGGACUUGCAGUCUUAGCAAAGAGAAGAGACAUCCACAUUAAACAGAGAAAUAUUUCAGGCUAAAUUGAAUUGCUGCAAGUGCACACAGCAAUCAGAACAUGAAAGCAAAGCUGGUGAGUUAUUAAGGAUAACACUGGGCUAAAGGGAGAAUGGAGAAUUUAAGACUAACAGUAUUCAACUGGGCAAAUGAAGAGAAGGAAGUAAAGAAAUAAUAUUAUAGUUUUAUUUAUGAACACCUGUUAUUCAAUAGUAUUUGUUAGAUUCAUACUUGUCUGGCAGAAAAAUACCAAGCUCAAUUUUUUGUCCUGAUUGCCUCAAAUUUUACUCAGUCCAUGGCAAACUUUUCAGCAUUUGUAGGAGGGCAUAAAUAUUUCCUACCACUUUCUCACCUCUUUUUCUAUUCCUGUUUAUUCAUUGUGUUUUAUCUUUCUUGUGGGGGUUUAAAUCAUAUUAAUUCUUUAUGAAAAGUGUUACAUCAGUUUCAGGAAAAUGUUCAAGAAGCAUUUUGAAGGCUUAUUCAGGCAACCCCAUUAAUUUAAAGUAAUUCUGUGAAUUAAAUCAAAUAAUUUCCUAGAAGCUAGUAAUUAUAACAUUAUAGUCAAAUUACUGCUUGGCAUCAGGUGAAAGAAUGGCAUAUAGACUGACUGACUUUUUCAUUUUUCAGCCUCUUAGUCUUUAGGCUAACACUGGUGAACACUAACCAGAAUUUUUAUUCGAAAGAGUAAAAAUUAAAAUACUUUUCAAUUGCUGCAUUUUUCAAAUAAAGAAACUAAAGUAGAAUGAUUAAAGGCCAUGAUCAAAAACACUUUGGUAAUAGAAAACAGACCCACUACUAGAACUUACAUUUACUAUUAUUUUUCACUGCAGUAAAAUAUAACAAAAUUUAACAACAUGUGCAGAAAUAUUUCUGCUUUAAAAGAACGGGUAAUUGUCAAUAGAACCAUUAUUUUGCAAAAGUACAAUCACAUAAGGCUGACAGAUGUUCUCUUCCCAUCAAAUUUUGCUUGUCAUUUGGACUAGUACCUUGCUUGUCACUUGGACAUUUGUUAUUUCUGUGUUCACUUGAUAGUUACAGAUUUUCAUUCACAGGUAUUUAUUCAGUGUGCCUUUUCUUUUGUAUAGUGAUUGUCUUUUAUAUUAUAUCCACAAUACUUUGGUGUUUUUAAUUCAGUUCAGUUAAAUAAUUAUUUUUCAUUUAUUCAGCUUUUACUGUAAUACUUCAAGGACUCAGAUAGGUGAUAAAAUGAUCAAUGCUUAAAAGUGAAUAAAUAAUUAUAAUUCAAUGUGAUAUUUCUAAAAAUGAAAUAUGUAAAUAGUGUUUAAGAGUGUAGAUAAUGAUUUAUUUUGCUGGAAGAAAAUCAGAAAAGGCCUUAGAGUAAAUGUCAUUUGAGGCUCUGGAUUCCAAAGUCUGCCCGCCACACUACUUGUGCCUGUCUGCAGGUUGCUCUCCUCCCUACUCCUAAGUAGAGUUUGGAGGUAUUUUAUAUGUUUAUGGGUAUUAACUUCUGGAAAUCUAGGACUCUAAUAGUUUCUGAGUCUUUUAUUUUCCUCAUAUAGCUAGCUACUCAGUUUCUUUCUAUACAUAAAUGUUAAAGUAUUUUUUAUUUUCCCCUCCUAUAAUUUUCUUAAUUUAAUUCUCAAGUCAAAAGCAUUCAAUUUAGCUGUUUCAUAAUAAAUACAGGACAGAUGCAAUUUUAUUAAAUAAAUAAGUAAUAAAUCAAUCUUUGUAAUGGGUUGUCAGAAGUUUUCUGUUUUGUUGUUUUUAACAUGUACAUGCAAAUCUAAUCCGUGUGUGUCAUAAAGCCUAUAAUGCAGGUUUGACUUCAGGAAUAUGUGAAAAAUGUGGAAGAGGUAUGCUCACCUGUACAAUUUAAAUUUUCACCAAUUACUGGUUAUGACAAUAACUUAUAUUAAAGUGAAUGGGAAUUAGGUUAUACAUAGAAAGUCGUUUGUAUUUUAUUCUACUACUAUCAAAUGAUUCUUUGAGAAAGUGAAAAAUAUUAUUAAAGGUGGUCAGUUCAUCUGAUACAGCAAUCAGCACAAUUGCUCUGACAGCUUUGAGUAUUAUUAACUGUUUGCUUUUAGAAAAUCUUUUUUUAUACUUAACAACAUGUCUCUUUCUAAGAAUAUUAUUAUUCCCAGAGGAUUCCAUUGUUUGUUUGGUGCUUAAGGCAACUUAUUAAAUCCUCAAGACUGUACAUUGCAUUAAGCUGAGCCAAAACAGUUAAAGUGAAUUCAGUAACUAGUUCAAUGCAUAGUUUUCUGAUCUUCUCACUUAGAGAAUGAAUAUAUUUUAAUUUUAGAAUUUCAGAACAUAUCAAUGUCAACGUGAAAAGACUUCAUCAUGAAUAAUACUGUUUUAAUGAAUACCAUGGGCAAUUGUGUCUUAAUGAUUUUUGCCUAAAAUAUUUUAUGAAAAGUGUGAAGUAUGGCAAAAGCAGCCAUGAAAAUCCCCAGUGUAUUGGAUGUAUAUUACAUUCAAUUAUUUUUCAAAAAUACACUACAUGUAAAUGUUCACUCUAAAUAGUUACCUAGAAUGUGGCUCACAUUAUAUUAUAGUAAAUAAGCCCAUAAAACUGAAUUCAUUAGACU